GAUUAAGGUUGUAAAGUAAAAAUAUGUGGAAAAGGGGAAGGCGUCUGAGGACUUUCCGAAUGCGCUGUAAACUCUUAGGGAGUGCCAGACGUCAAUAUCUUUUCACAAUUGCAGGAGGGGCUCAUAUUUAAUAUUUAUUUCAUGGUGAUAACAAUGGAAUGUAUUAUGGUGGUGUCCAGCCCCCCUAUCCCCCAUGUCAGUUGAACCUUGUUGAGAAAGACUGCAGCUAUGAUGAACAACUCUGAAAGACUACAGUUCUUUGUGCAGAAAAUACCUUUUAUAGGAGAAGAAGGCCUGCACACUGUUAAAGCUCCCAAUUCAACGAUUUAUUGACAACGUUUCGAUCCGUAACGGAUCUUUGUCAGGUCAAACAAACAGAGUUCUCACAUCCCAGAAAAUACCUUCAAAUAUAAUCUUGGUAGGAAAAGUGGUUGUUUUUUUCUUUGUGUUUUUUUAUGGCAUAUUUCCUGUUCGUUAAAGUCUAGAUUAAAUAUCUGAAAGAAGAUGAAUCUAACAGACAUUGGUUUCAUCCCAGGUCCUUGAAUGUAUCUAUGAGGAUGACAGUACUGUCCUCUAACUUGCACUUUAGCACCUAUUUACAUAUUCAACUUACAUUGUGAAAAAAAUAUGAAUGAUUUUCAACAAUAAAUGUAUGUUUGUCUUUGGUCCAUGUCUUGUGAGAUUUUGAAAAGUUUGAACACACUCAAUCUGAAAAUGUAGGUUUCACGUGGGAAUGUUUUGUGUUACAGUUUAAAGUUUCACUUUCAGCAAAAUUAUGUCACUUAGCUCCUCCCUCUCAAACAUUCAUCCUCCUGUCUUUGUAAAGGUAAUAUAAUACAGUACCGUUUGUGAGUAUGUGUGUUUCGCUGUUGUCAUUCUGGUGGUGCAUUUUGAAAAGUGAGCCCAGACAAAUCUUGCUAUAGACAUUUUUUAUUGUUUUUUCUUCUUCACAAAACAGAGAUGUCAUCAUUGAAUGUUGACAGCAGCCUUCUACCAGAAGAGCAGUUCCUGUGCUCUAUCUGCCUGAAUGUGUUCACUGAUCCAGUUACCACUCCUUGUGGCCACACCUUCUGCAAAGUUUGUAUUAGUGGAUACUGGGAUAACAGUGAGAUAUGCCAGUGUCUAAAAUGUCAGAAACGAUUCUAUGUGAGACCAGAGGUCUCCACCAACUCUGUGAUAGAGGAGAUCUCAGUGCAUAUCAAGAGAAGAAGACUUGAUAUACCAGAAUGCUCAGUUUCCGUUGGGGAGGUGGCUUGUGAUGUUUGUUCCACAAUAAAGCUCAAGGCCCUGAAGUCCUGCCUGGUGUGUCUGACCUCUUACUGUGAGACUCACCUGGAGCCUCAUCAGAGAGUGGUGAAUCUGAAGAGACACAAGCUGAUCGACCCUGUGAAUAACUUGGAGGACAGGAUGUGUAAGAAGCACGAAAGAGGCCUGGAGCUGUUCUGUAGGACUGAUCAGACAUGUGUGUGUGUUUUGUGUACUGAGACUGACCACAAGUGUCACAAUACUGUACCCAUUGAAGAGGAGGGAGUAAAACAAAAGGCUGAGCUUGUGUCCACUAAGGCAGAGGUGCAGAAAAUGAUUCAGGACAGACAUGCAAAGAUGGAGGAGAUCAAACACUCAGUGGUGCUCAGCAAAAAAAGUACUGAGAAAGAAGUGGAGGACAGUGAAAAGCUUUUCACUGAACUGUUACAGUCUAUAAAAAAAAGGAGAACUAAGCUUGUGAAGGUAAUAGAGGAGAGGCAAAAAGCAGCGGAGAGGAGAGCUGAAGGGCUCACCCAACAGUUGGAGCAGGAAAUCACUGAGCUACAGAAGAGAAGCACUGAGCUGGAGCAAGCCUUGUCUCAAAUUGAGGAAAACAUAAGAGGAGAACUAAAAGUUCUUACAGAAAUAGAACUCACAAGAAUGCAAGAGUUCAAAGAUGAAGUCACUCUGGACCCCAACACUGCAAAUCGUUGGCUACAGCUCUCUGAAGACGGAAUGCGAACAAAGUACGCCAAAACAGCCCAGACGGUGUCUGACAAUCCAAAGAGGUUUGACUACUACUCAGCGGUCUUAGGAGAGAAGGGUUUCAACUCUGGACGCCAUUACUGGGAGGUCCAGGUGGGCGUGAGUGGGAGGUGGGAGGUUGGCAUUGCCAUGAGGGCCGUCAACCGGAAGAAGGCGGUUAAAAAGAAUUCCGAACAUGGCUUCUUUGUUCUGUCAAAGAGCGGAUACUUGGAGUAUGAGGCUGGUUCUUCACCCCCUACCACCUUCAAUCUGAACCCCAUACCGAGAAGAGUCGGUGUGUAUGUUGAUUACGAGAAAGGGCAGGUGUCUUUUUAUGAUGUGCUGGCAAAGUCACACCUCUACUCAUUCCUUGAGAUGUCAUCAUUGAAUGCUGACAGCAGCCUUCUACCAGAAGAGCAGUUCCUGUGCUCUAUCUGCCUGAAUGUGUUCACUGAUCCAGUUACCACUCCUUGUGGCCACACCUUCUGCAAAGUUUGUAUUAGUGGACACUGGGAUAACAACUCACCUGGAGCAUCAUCAGAGAGUGUGAAUCUGAAGAGACACAAGCUGAUCGACCCUGUGGAGAACCUGGAGGACAGGAUUGACAUGGGAGCACACCAGAAGGGUGAGCUUGCAGCCGCUAAAGCAGAGGUUGGAAAGAUGGUCCAGAAAAGUACAAACAAAGAUAUUGAGGACAGUGAGAAUCUCUUCACCAAUCUGUUGCGUUCGGUUGACGAAAGACGAACCAAUCUAAAGCAGGUGAUGGAGGCGAUGCAAACAGCAGCAGAGAAAAGGGCUGAAGGACUCAUCAAUGACCUGGAGCAGGAAAUCACUGAGUUACAGAGGAGAAGCACUGAGCUGGAGCAGCUCUCACACACUGAGGAUCACCUCCACUUCCUACAGGCCACUUCCCUGCAGACUUACCUGACCCUAUGUGCCCCUCCAUCCACCAAGGACUUUUCUGAGAUCAGUGUGUACUCAGAUCUGUGUGUUGGGAUAGUGAGGAGAGCCGUGUCCAAUCUGGUGGAGAUAUUCAAGAGAGAAUUGAAAACACUAACAGACAUGGAACUGAAGAGAAUGGGGGGGUUUAAAGAGGACGUCACCCUGGACUCGAACACAGCAAGUCGUUGGAUAUGCCUGUUUGAUGGUGGCAAACGCAUCAAAUACACUAAAACACCCCAGAUCAUAUCUGACAACCCAGAGAGGUUUGACAUCUACCCCAUGGUUUUAGGAGAGAAAGGCUUCAACUCUGAACGCCAUUACUGGGAGGUUCAGGUGGGCCUAAGAAAUGACUGGGAUGUAGGCGUUGCCAAGGAAACAGUAAACAGGAAGGAAAAGGUCCAAAUUAUCUCAGCGCAUGGGUUCUUUGCACUGGGAAAAGAUGGAUUUGAUUAUAAGGUUCAUUCCUCCCCCCUUAAGAAUCUUUAUCUGAACCCCAGGCCUAGAAAAAUUGGGAUCUAUGUGGACUAUGAGAGGGGUCAGGUCUCCUUCUACGACGUGGAUGAAAAAUCUCACAUCUACUCUUUCACAAACCAGUCUUUCACUGAGAAACUCUACCCUUACUUUUACGUGUAUAGCAAGGCCAAAAAGUCAGAGGCAUUGGUCAUUUCCUGCAUGGAGGACCCAAGAGCACGCUACCUAUCACUCCUGCAAGCCGUCUCUAAAGCUAAAGAGUAACACAUAUGAAUUGUAUGGCCAUAGCACUCUAAAAAUCUGGUUUUAUAGUUUCCCUUCCAGUCAUUCUAAUGCAUCAUAAUGUGGUUCACUUUCUAUGAAUCCCAUAAAUAUUUAUUUCUAAUGUAUCUUUAGUAACAGUGUCAAAACACAUUUUAUAGCCAUUUUACAUAUCGUAGAACAAUAAUUCAAUGUUGUUGACACUGUUGCCUUUCUGUAUCAAUGGCUGUUUAGUUUGUAUGUACACUAUGAGUGUAUAAUGUAUUAAAUCAAUAAUUUUCUAAUCUA